AUGCGCGCCUUGACUACAUUUAUAGUUUUGCUUUUGAUUCUACAACAAACAUUCGCUAACAAUUGUCAUUGCAGUUGUUGUACAUCAUUUGGCUGUGAGCCUCAACCAGUGGGUUCUUUCUCUUUAUGGCUUUGCACAGUUCAAACAUGUCGACCAGAAUACUGUGUUGAUCGUUAUCAUCAACAGUGUCCACCAGUAGGUGCUCAUGGAAACACAACGGCAACCUGUAGAAAUAAUGGUACUGAACGAUUAUUACCACCAUUAUUAAUUGUAAUUGGUAUUACUUCAAUUAUUUUAACAAUUAAAAACAAGCUUUAA